AUGGCGGCAAGAAAAAGGCGAGAGCUUUUUACUAUUUUAGAAACAAGCGCUGACACAGAAAGGGACUCGGUUUCCGAUAGUAAGGAAUCUCCACUUAAUCUUUGUACGGACGUGAAGUGGUUUGAGAUUCCUUUCAGAAAGCCCGACUCGGACGAUGAGGAAGAACUAUUAGAGGAUGAUGAAGAGGAUGAAUUCAAAAGCACAGCGGCAGCAGAAACUGCGGACACGGCCAGCUACAUCACGGGAGGCAGCUGCAAUAUUAUUUUAGUCACGGACAAUGGAAUAAAACACGAGGAGGACGCGGAGGACUCUUAUUAUGCUACCACUAACAGCUUUUCUGAAUCCAUGUCAAACGACUCAGACAUUGAUUUCUCUGACUUGGAAGAGGAGGAGCAGAGCUAUUUUAACAGUCCUUUUGAUGAACUGGACGAGGACUGCACCUCUCCUGACUUCUGGGGCGAACCUGAUCAGGUAAUUUCAAUCGAGCCGUUUACCGCUAUCACUGGCCCCCAGCACACAUUGGGGGAUGAAGCUGACACCCGUGACUAUUUCCGGUUGCUCUUCCCUGACUCGCUUUUUGAAUACAUGGUAGAACAAACAAACAACUACGCCCUCUAUAGGCAAAGGAGAAGCGGGAAACUCGAUUCCCACUGGCAUCCUACUAACCUGAGGGAGAUGCAAGCUUAUAUCGGACUGAAUAUUCUCAUGGGCAUUAACCAGCUUCCGGAUUAUGGAAUGUAUUGGGCUACUGAUAUUUUCAUAGGAAAUGCUGGCUUCAAAAAGACAAUGACUGCCAGGCGGUUUGAAAAGCUGAACCAAAACAUCCACUUGUGUGACCGCGAACUGGAGCCAGUCCGGGGUCAGCCCGAUUAUGAUGGGUUGUACAAGAUCAGGCCUCUGUUGAACGUGGUGCAAAAUACUAUGUGGGAAGCAUAUGCUCCAAAUAGGUGCUUGACGGUGGACGAGGGGGCAGUCGCGGUGAAGGGCCGUUUCUCCACCACACAGUACAUGCCUUCCAAACCUAUAAAAAAGGGGCUGAAGGUGUGGAUGUUGUGUGACUCCAAGUCUGGAUACUGCCACCGUGCCAACAUCUAUGUGGGUAAACCAGGAGAGGACACAGGAACAGUGGGUUACAGGGUGGUCACCUCACUGGUGCAGGGGCUCGAGGGGAAGUAUCACCACAUUUUCAUGGACAGCUUCUUCACCUCAGUGCCCCUGAUGCAGAGGCUGUUGCAGGACGGGCUGUACGCUUGUGGGACCACGCAACAGAACCGUUGCGGGUUCCCCGACAUGCUCAAGCUGCGGAACGUGGGCAAGCUGGCGCAGGGCCAGUUCUACCAAUGCCAGCAUGGCAACAUCGUGGCCACCGUCAUGCGCGACACCAAGGUCAUCAGCUGCCUGUCAUCCAACUCGGCGCCGGGCAUCGUUGGUAUCUGCCAGAGCAAGCAGUGUGACGGCACUGUGUUCGGCAUACCACGGCCGCUCCCGCUGCUCCUGUACCAGGAGAACAUGCGGGGUGUGGACCUCUGUGACCAGCUUCGUGAGUGCUACCAAGUAGGACGCCCCUGCAAAAAGUGGUGGCGCUACUUCCUGUGGUUCUACAUCAACCUGUGCAUCGUCAAUGCCUACAUUAUCAUGCGGGAGAGCAGGGGCGGCAUCCCACCCGCUGGCUUCAGUGGGAAGCAGUUCACACAGCGUCACUUCCGCAUCCGCCUGGCCCAGCAGCUGAUCGGGGACUACCAAGGGGCACGGGGCAUGGAGCGGGCCGCCCGCAAACGCCACUCGGAUUCGCCCAUAGAGUAUGGCCAUCGGCUCGAGCGCAUGUCUGAGCGCUCUCGCAGGUGCCGGAACUGCACCAAUAAGGGACUGCGACAUGAGAGCGUCUUCGGUUGCAAGAUCUGCAAUGUGCACCUGUGCAGGGGAGGAUGCUUCUCUGAAUUCCAUAAAUAA